UUGACGCUGUCGUGCCGUAACCCAAUUGGAAGGCGGAGCGAGAAAGGAGCACGGUGACGUCGCCAUAACGAGGAGCGAGCGCUGGGCGCUGAUGACGUCACCAGAAGGGGGAGGAGAGCGGGAGGGAGUGGUAGCGCCACUGCCUCCUCCAUCAGUGAGACAAGAAGAAGACACCAUCACACAAGUACACGAGACUGAUGCUGUUGCCGUGGAAACAAAGACAAGCAGAGAGCUGGAAGGCCCUUGUGCGUGUAGGUUUUUGAGUUUGUGUGUGUGUGUGUGUGUGAACGUGUAGGCCUAUGAGUGUGUUUGCGGUGUGUGCGCACUCUGGAGGGCAAGCGGCUGAUUGGAGCCAUGAUGGGCAAGGACUACAUGUUGGCUAUCAUCAUUGUCAACUGCGACGACAAUAUCUGGAGCGACCAGAACCUGCUGCUGGACCCGGACCUUCCCUCUGGCUGGAAGACCAUCCAAGACUCCACGGGAACCUACUACUGGCACGUGCCCACCGGCGCCACCCAAUGGCAGCACCCCCGACUCAACGGGACGCCCACGCAGCCGCAGCCUGACGCACAGAACUUCUUCUUCUCUGGUGUUUGCUCUUCGAAGGAUGACCAAAGACCACAAGGCUUCAGUGCGGUCCCAGCUGACACCAGGUCUCGGAGGGCGGACGACUCCUGUCGCCAUGACGACAACUCACAGUGUUUCUCGGUGCGCUCGCUGGGCUGGCUCCAGGUGGAGGAAGACGACUUGUCGCCGGGUCGCAGCAGCCUGGCGGUGGGCAACGUGAUCCAACAGCUGUCCCGCUGCGGCCCCCCCGAGGAGCGAGACAGGCCGGGGCUCUUGAGGGAGGGGAGCGAGAUGAGGCUGCUUCUGAAGCGGGACACGCUAACUCUCCUGGACCCGGUAGACCACACCCCCUUGUACUGUCAGCCAAUCAUCAACAUCCGCGUGUGGGGGGUGGGCAGCGACAACGGCAGGUUGAUGUUACACGUCAUGAUGAUGUCACACAAUGAUAAGGUCACACGAUCUUAUGUCGCUCAUGCCAAUGUCACACACGAUGGUGUCACAUCACAUGAUGAUGUCACCCACCCGAUGACGUUCCCCCGUUGGCGUCCUCAGACGAUGUCCCAGCAGACGUCCCGCUCGCUCUCCAUGGACAGCAUCUCACCCGAAGACCUGCCUCGACAAGUGGAAUUCCUGGAGGCGGGGCUUCAGCGCGUCCACAAGUUUGACGUCUACUACGUCGGCAACCUGCCCGUGUCCCGCGCCAUGGGCAUGGAGGUGUUAAACUUGGCCAUUGAGAGCAUCAUGAACUCCACCCAACGCCACGAGUGGGAGGCCACCGUCAUCCACGUGACGGACAACUUCCUGUCUGUCUUCAAGCAGCAGGAAGGGGAGGAGCCAGUGUGGGCGUGUCAAGUGCGUUUCCUCAGCUUCCUGGGCGUGGGUCACGACAAUCGCACCUUCGCCGUCAUCGUGGACGGCGGCCGGCAGCGUUUCGAAUGUCACGUCUUCUGGUGCGAGCCGGACGCCGGCCUCUUGUCGGAAGCCGUCCAGGCGGCGUGCAUGGUUCAGUAUCAGAAGUGUUUGGUGGCUCAGACGCCGCCGCCCAGGAGCCGGCUGUGGCACGCCGCCGCGCCCAAGGUUAAACGCGCCAACUCCAUGGAUGGCGCCACUUUCCACAGCGGCGGCAACGGCGGCGUGUCGCCGCGGAAGGGAAAUGGCGCCCACGGCGUGGGCGUUCGCAGGGGCAUGAUGGCGUUCUUCGACACCUUCCGGAACAAACAGGCUGCCACCUCAUAACGGUGGACGCACAAAAUGGAAGACGGUCCCUCGCAAGAGCUCGGGUUGGACUUCCUGGUGACCGCCGACGCGUGGUCAUGUGACCUGUGUCACGGAUGCCCGCUGAUGAAAUAAAUAAAUUUAAUGUUGAUCUGA